AUGGGUUCCCUGUUGCUGCUUUGUGCAUUGGGGGCUCUACUCAGUUGUCCAUGUAAUGCUGUUUGGGCAGGGAAGGAGUUUGCCCUUUCAUUUAUGCAGAAUUAUGCUCCACGCUACGAUACUCCUCGAUUCCAGGUGUACAUCACUGCUGUUCAGAACGACGCUAAAGUGACAGUCCAUGUGCCUCCUUUAAACUUCAAGGAAGAAAGAAAUCUAAAGGCUGGAGAGGGGGUCACCAUCUGUCUCCCAAAUACUGUUGAGAUAUAUGGCAGCACAAAGUCUCCUAACACAGUACGCAUUGAAGCCUCAGCAGAUGUGACUGUAACCUCGUUCAGCUAUAAGCUGUAUACAGCAGACACCUCUGUGGUGUAUCCCAUGACUGAAUGGGGUACUGAAUAUUUCAUCUUUACACCUGCUGGAACCCCGUAUGGCUCCUUCAAAGAGUUUGCUGUGACAAAUGGAAAGGAAAGCAACAGAGUGGAGAUUUUUCCAAAAAACACUAUCAAGUUCCAGCAUCGUAUGUAUGGGAGUGGCAGCCGACUGGUAAUAGAUCUGCAGCCCUAUGAGACUGUACAACUCCAGAGCACAAAUGAACUCUCUGGAUCCAGGAUUGUUUCCCAGCACCCUGUUGCUGUUUUCACAGGCCACAGCUGCACCUGGCGAUUCUCUAAAUGUAACCAUGUUUUUGAGCAAUUAAUACCAGUAAAUAAAUGGGGAUCCAACUUCAUUGUGCCUCCCUUGGACUUCCAGAGAAAGUUUGACAGUGUCUACAUCCAGGCUUCCCAGUCUACUCGUGUCACUGUCCAGAAUGGAAACCGUAAAGAUCCUUUGAAGCUAACUAGGGGACAAAUGGUGGAGAUUCGUUACCACAACCCUGAGACACUGUUCAUUCAGGCUGAUCAUGGCAUCCAGGUCCUCCUACUCUUCAAUGGUGUUACACGUGGCUGGUUCCAAUUCUACGAUCCUUUCUUGAUGACCAUUGUACCCACUGACCGCUUCUGCUCCUCAUAUUCACUAGAAGCUUUGAAGGACUUUGACAACCAAGCCCUGAUUGUGGCAAAAACCAAUACAAUGGCAGAACUCCGGAUGGAUGGCACAAACCUGCUCCGUGAUGUCCAGUGGAAAAACGUAGCAGGGACAGAUUUUUCAUGGGCGAAGAUUUCCUACAAACAAGUCCCAAGCAACAACAGACACACUGUGUCCACUUCUGGUACCCCCUUUGCUCUUUACAGUAUAGGAGUCAGCCAGAUGAAUGGUUAUGGUGCCCCAGGACACUGUAUCAAACCAGGAAGUGGAGGCCCAUUAUCCUGUGAUAGUAUAACCUGCAGUGGCAAUGAAGUAUGUGAAGUGAAGGGUGGGUACCCUUCAUGUGUGCCAAAGCCGAGCAAGCCUGGCACCUGUUGGGCCAUGGGCGAUCCACAUUACCGUACGUUUGACGGCCGGCGCUAUGACUUCAUGGGUACCUGCACCUAUGUGAUUGCUAAAAACUGUGGAAAGGAUGAUAAUCUCCCAGCCUUUGAAGUCCUGGCCCAGAAUGAGAACAGAGGCAACCUAAGGGUGUCAUAUGUUGGCCUAGUCAUAGUGAAGGUGUAUGGGGUCACCAUCAUAGUAGCUCGCUCUGAGACCGGUCGUGUGCGGAUUGACAACACUCUCUGGGCUUUGCCUACUGUCUUGAACAAUGACAAACUGGCUCUGUUUCAGAGCGGACGAUCUGUUGUUAUUGAGACCGCUUUUGGUCUGACUGUCAAAUAUGACUGGGAACAUUCCCUUGUGGUCACUCUCUCUGGUAGUUAUGCUGGUAAGACUUGUGGUCUCUGUGGAAACUUCAAUGGAAACCCCAGUGAUGAUUUUACCACUCCCUCUGGCAGCCAGGCAGGUGGGGCUGUGGCUUUUGGGAGUAGCUGGAAGGUUCCAGGCCUGGUGAAAAAUGCUCUUUGUAGAGAUGACUGUGUGGGUGGGUGUGAACGUUGUGAGCACAACUUGAUGAAGAUGUGGGCAGGUGACUUAUUCUGUGGGCUCAUCACACUUGUACUAGAUGGGCCGUUUAGCAAAUGUCACUCUGUCAUUGAUCCCCAAGCAUACCUAGAGAACUGUAAAUAUGAUGUUUGCAUGGGAGGUGGCCUUCGACAUUUCCUCUGCAGAGCACUGGAAGCUUAUACUGAUGCUUGUCAAAGUGCAGGCAUCCAGGUCCAUGAUUGGAGGAAACUUGCAAAAUGUCCUGCUAAAUGUCCACGCAACAGUCACUAUGAGCUCUGUGGCAAUGCCUGCCCUGCCACUUGUUCUGAUCCUAAUGCACCCUCCAAAUGCAAACGCCCAUGUGUGGAGACCUGCACAUGUAACGCAGGCUUUGUUUUAAGUGGAGAACACUGUGUGCCUGCUAAGGAAUGUGGCUGUACCUAUGAGGGUCGAUAUAUUCCUGCUGGGGAGUCCUUCUGGGCUGAUGAGGGCUGUCGACGAAGGUGUAAAUGUGUUCCAGGAAAAAGACGUGUGGAGUGCCAAGACAAAGGCUGUGGGAAAGGGCAGCAGUGCCAGGUGGUGAAUGGUAUUAGAAAAUGUCAACCAGUUUCCCAUAGUACCUGCCAGGCUACGGGUGACCCCCAUUACAAGACCUUUGACAAGAGGAAGUUUGACUUCCAAGGCACAUGUGUGUACCAGUUGACUGCACUGUGCUCUAACGAUCCAGACUUGGUGCCAUUUGAAGUGUUGGUACAGAAUGACCACCGGGGUAGUAAGGUGGUUUCCUACACAAAGUUGGUAGAGAUCAAGGUUUACUCCCUCAGCAUUCUCAUAACUAGGACACACAAAGGCAUGGUUAUGAUAAACAAUGAGCUGCUCAACCUGCCUGUGACCCUGAGAGGAGGAGAGGUGUCUGUGUUUAAGAGUGGCUGGUAUGCUGUGGUCACCACAAAUUUUGGCCUUAAGGUUUCCUUUAACUGGAACAGUGCUGUGUUUGUAACACUGCCCAGCAACUACAUGGGCGCUGUUUGUGGCCUGUGUGGCAACUACAAUGGCAAACCACAGGAUGACCUGAUUCCAAAGAAUGGUAACAAACCUGUCUCAGCAAAAGAUUUCGGUUCCAGCUGGAGAGUUGCUGAGAUCCCAGGUUGCGUGGAGGGCUGUAAAGGGGUGUGUCCAGAUUGUGACAUCACUGAGAAGAUUAAAUAUGAAAAAGGGGAAUUCUGUGGUAUUCUGAGGGACCCUAAGGGGCCAUUCCGUGACUGCCAUGCCAAAGUGGACCCAGCUGAUUUCUUUGAAGACUGCGUUUAUGAUGUAUGCCUGUAUAAGGGCAGAAAGGAUGUGCUGUGUCAGGCUAUUACAUCAUAUACAUCUGCCUGUCAGGCUGUGGGGGCCAAGGUGUACAGCUGGAGAACUAGUCAGUUCUGUGCGGUGAAAUGUUCAGCCCAUAGCCAUUAUGAAAUUUGUGCAACUGCCUGUCCUGCCACUUGCCAUAGCCUGACCUCACCUCAAGGCUGUGAAGCUCACUGUGAGGAGGGCUGUACCUGUGAUGAAGGCCACAUCCUCAGUGGAGAUUACUGUGUCCCCUUCUCGCAGUGCGGUUGUGUUUAUGAGGACCGCUACUACCGCAUUGGGCAAGUUUUUUAUCCCAAUGGAAAGUGUGAGGAAGAGUGCAAGUGUGGACAGGAUGGAGAGGUCGAGUGUAAGAAGUUCACAUGUGGCCCUAAUGAGAAGUGUGCAGUAGAGAAUGGUGUUCAGAAAUGUCAUCCUGUUGGGAAGGGUGUGUGCCAUGCCUCAGGAGACCCCCAUUAUCGCUCCUUUGAUGGGCGAACAUUUGACUUUCAGGGUACCUGCACUUACACACUUUCUAAGAGCUGUGGGCUAGAAGGCACCCACCUUGUGGCCUUCUCUGUUCAGGUGGAGAAUGUGCAAUGGAAUCAGAUGAUGAACGGGAAAGUGGUAUCUGUCACUAAGCUAGUGGCUGUGGAGGUCUAUGGUUACACACUCAUCAUGAGGAACAACAUGUUUGGAGUGCUUGUAAAUGGAGUAUUUAACUACCUUCCGUUGAGUCUGAAUGAUGGAGCAGUGCAAGUCUUUCAAGAAGGCAUGCAUUACGUUAUUGCAACCAAUUUUGGUCUGCGUGUUACUUAUGACCUGGUCUACCAUGUUACAGUAACAGUGCCUGGAAAUUACCGUAAUAAGGUCUGUGGCCUGUGCGGCAAUUUCAAUGGAAAUGCAAAAGAUGACUUCAAAAUGCCCAACAACAGGGUUGUCAAUAAUGUAAAUGCCUUUGGAAAAUCAUGGAAAGUCACAAUUCCUAAUGUGGUGUGUGCAAAUGGCUGUGAAGGGAAUAACUGUCCUGACUGUGACCCAGCUCGUAAGGCUGUAUUUUCCAAGCCCACUUAUUGUGGGAUUGUUACAGCACCCAAUGGUCCUUUUGCAAUCUGCCAUAGUAAACUGGACCCAAAGCCAUACUUCGAUGAUUGUGUGUUUGACGUGUGUGCUUCAAAUGGUGAUGGAAAGGUGCUAUGUGACAGCAUAGCAGCCUAUGCCUUCAACUGCCACAUGGCGGGAGUAGAUGUCAAAAACUGGAGGACACCUUCUUUCUGUCCAAUGAAAUGCCCAGCCAACAGUCACUAUGAAGUCUGUGCAGACGCCUGCUCUGACUCCUGCCCUGGCCUCACAGAGAUAGUCGCAUGCUCCACCAGCUGUACAGAAGGUUGUGAAUGUGAUGCUGGCUUCUUAUUCAAUGGUCAGACAUGUGUAAAGGAGAAUCAGUGUGGCUGCUAUGACAAUGGGAAAACUUACAAGCCUGGUGAAGUGUCGUAUGAUGAAGACUGUACUACAAAAUGCAUGUGUAAUCCAGAAAAAGGCUUAGUAUGUGAAAAGCACUCCUGUCCUCCAAGCACCAAAUGCAUGGUCAAGAAAGGAAUUAGAGCAUGCUACAAUACAGAUCCCUGCAAAGAUGCCAAAUGUCGUGUCAAGGAGAAGUGCCGUGUUGAGAAGGGUGAAGCUGUGUGUGUCCCUGAGUACACAGGCAUUUGCUGGGCAUGGGGUGACCCCCACUACCACACAUUUGAUGGAUACAACUAUGACUUCCAGGGCACCUGCAAGUAUGUCAUCUCUAAGACCUGUGGUGACCUGGAUGGUCUAGUGCCCUUCUCAAUCACAGAGAGGAAUGACAACAGAGGGAACACUGCAGUCUCCUAUGUUAGGGAGGUGUUUGUGUCUGUAUAUGGGUAUGAAAUCAUCAUUCGCAAGAGCCAAGUUGGUCGAGUCACGGUGAAUGGAGAGCUAUUAAAUCUGCCAUUGCACCUGGAUGACGAUAAGGUCAAAGUGUUUCACCGUGGUGGCAGUGCAGAGAUAGAGACAGACUUUGGCCUUAUUGUCCUCUAUGACUGGAAUUGGAAAGUUACUGUCAAACUGCCCAGCAGUUACUAUGGCCUUGUCUGUGGUCUGUGUGGCAACUUCAAUGGUAACAGCCGGGAUGAGCUUCAGAAUCCAGCAGGACAGGCUGUGCCAUCAGUAAUAGAGUGGGGCAAGAGCUGGCAAACACCUGACCAGGACAAGGACCAUCCCUGCUGGGACACAUGUGUCAAAAACUGUCCUACCUGUAAUGGCAAUGAUCGUAAGCUUUAUGAGACUCAGGCCUUCUGUGGAUCCCUUGCAGCAAAGACCAAUAGUGUGUUUCAGAAAUGUCAUGGAAAUUUGGAUCCCCAGGCCUUCAUGAACAGCUGUGUAUAUGAUAUGUGUUUGAAUAAGGGAGACAAAAAGAUGCUGUGCCAGGCACUGGCCUCCUACAGCGAGCAGUGUCGUGAGCAAGGAAUAAUAAUUAAGGGCUGGAGGAAGAAGUUUGGCUGUCCAAUGAAUUGUCAGCGUCACAGUCACUAUGAGGACUGUGCCAGCCCAUGCCAGCCAACCUGCCCAUUCCCUGAGCAGAAACAAAUCUGCCAAGGUGCUUGUGUGGAGACAUGUGUGUGUGAUAAAGGUUACGUCCUCAGCGCUGGUGUCUGUGUGCCUGCAAAAACAUGUGGUUGCUCAUAUCAGGGUCGCUACUACAAGCCAGGUGAACACUUCUGGGCUGAUGAGGUUUGCGGUCGUCUAUGUGAAUGUGAUACAAAACUGGGCAUGGUGACAUGCCGCGAGGCUUCUUGCUCUCCCAAGGAGACGUGCAACGUAGUGGAUGGAGUGCGUGCCUGCCGGCCCAUCAGUCAUUCCACUUGCACAGCCUCAGGUGACCCACACUACCGGACUUUUGAUGGCCGCAGGUUUGACUUCCAGGGCACUUGUGUGUAUCAGCUGGUGGGACUGUGCUCUGAGCAGCCUGGUCUGGUGCCCUUCAAGGUGACAGUGCAGAAUGACAACCGGGGAAGCAAAGCAGUAUCCUAUACAAGAACGGUCACAUUCUCUAUAUAUGGCAUCAAAGUCACCAUUAGCAGAGAAUACCCCUACUAUGUCCUGCUCAAUGGACAGCUUGUUUCAUUGCCGGUGGAUUACAAUAAUCAGCUGAUCGUGUUUCGAAGUGGCUGGACGGCUGUAGUGGAGACAGAUGCUGGUAUCACCGUGACCUUUGACUGGCGUAGUACAGUAACUGUUACUCUGCCUAGCAACUACCAGAGUGCAGUCUGUGGUCUGUGUGGAAAUUACAACGGAAAAUCCCAGGAUGACCUGACCAUGCGAAAUGGACAGCCUGCCUCUGAUGGAACCAAGCUGGGAGAGAGCUGGCAAGUGGCCCUUGUUCCAGGUUGUUCAUCGGUCUGCCAGGGGCCAUGGUGUCAUGCCUGUUCAGGCUCCCAAAAGAAUGUGUACCGAGCCCAAAAGUACUGCGGUAUUAUCGCUGACAAAGCAGGGCCUUUCAGAGAGUGUCACAGCCGUAUUGACCCUACCCCUUACCUGGAAGAUUGCAUAUAUGAUGCCUGUCAUUAUAAUGGUCACCAUGGAUCAGUGUGUGAUGCUAUUAGUGUGUAUGUAUCUGCCUGUCAAAGUCUGGGAGUCACCAUCCGCUCCUGGAGAACAGAAACAUUCUGCCCAAUGGUGUGUCCAGCUAACAGCCAUUAUACCCUGUGUGCCACGGGUUGCCCAGCCACCUGUUCCAGCUUAACCUCCCGUAACUGCCACAGGCGCUGUGCAGAAGCAUGUGAGUGUAAUGAAGGCUACCUGCUGAGUGGGGACACCUGUGUGCCUGUGAGAGACUGUGGCUGCUCCUACGAUGGCCAGUACUACAGAAUAGGAGAGGUCUUCUAUCCUGAAACCGAGUGUGUAGAGCAAUGUGUCUGUGGAGAGAACGGUGCAGUGUCAUGUCAAAAAACCAAAUGCCGUCCUGGGGAGACAUGUAAGAUUGUGAGGGGAGUGAAAGGCUGCCACCCAAUAGGGCAAGGCAAGUGUGUGGCUUCUGGAGACCCUCAUUACAUUUCCUUUGAUGGACGGAGGUUUGAUUUCCAAGGUACCUGCGUCUAUGUACUGGCCAAGGUGUGUAAUGAUGGCAAAGGCCAGCUGACGCCAUUCACUGUAACUCAGGGGAAUGAGAAGUAUGGAAAUGGAAAAGUGGCUGUUACAAAGUCAGUUGCUGUGGAAGUCUAUGGUUAUACCAUUUACAUCGAGCAAAGAAAGCCUUGGAAAGUCAUUGUGAAUGAUGAACUUCUAAACCUGCCACUCUCCCUUGAUAAUGGCCGUCUCAGAGUCACUCAGGAGGGCCGUAAUGUAAUUGUUCGGACCGACUUUGGACUCACGGUCCUUUAUGAUACUGUCUAUUAUGUUGAGGUGAUUGUUCCAUCUACAUACCAGGGUAAAAUGUGUGGCCUUUGCGGCAACUACAACAAAAACUCUGGUGAUGACUUCAUCCUUCCAAAUGGCAGAAGAACAAACAACAUUGACGACUUUGGAAAGGCUUGGGUGGUAGAUCUGCCUGGGUUUGAUUGCGGGGGUUGUGGUGGUCAGUGUCCAGUAUGUAGCGAGGCCAAGGCAACCCUGUAUGGAAAGCCAGACUCCUGUGGUAUUAUGAGUUUACCUAAUGGGCCUUUUAAAGCCUGCCACAGUAAAAUUGACCCUGCAGCAUAUGUUUCUCACUGCGUAUUCGAUGUUUGUGCUUCGGGUGACAACAAAGAUACUCUGUGUAACAGUGUACAGGCCUAUGCUCUCGCCUGCCAGAGCGCAGGAGUUAAAAUUGAGAAAUGGAGGAGCAGCUCUUUCUGCCCUGCUACCUGCCCACCACACAGCCACUAUGAGGUCUGUGCAGACACCUGUGGUGGAACCUGUGCCAGUUUUAUUUACCCAUUCACAUGUUCUGAAAGCUGCUUUGAAGGAUGUCAGUGUGAUGCUGGCUUUGUUUUUGAUGGUGUGCAAUGUGUUUCCAUGGACAAAUGUGGAUGUGUGCUCGAUGGCAAAUAUCUUACGGUGGGCCAAGAGGUUGUGGACAAGGACUGUCUAUCCAAGUGUGUGUGCCAGGCCUCUGGGACAGUGAGGUGUGAAAAGAUGUCCUGUGCUAGUGGAGAGGUGUGUGCAGUCAGAGACGGGGUCAGGGGCUGCCAUGUCAAACGAGGCCAAUGCAACGUCAACCAAGUUGCCCACUUCACCUCGUUUGAUGGCAUGUCUGGAGAAAUGAAUGCUCUCGGGGCAUUCGAAGUGGCAUCUAUGUGUGAUGAGACCGCAAAGCUGUGGUUCCGUGUGGUUGUGGACAUCAGGGUCUGCAGCAAGGGUGGACGUCCAGCUGUUAAUGCUGUGUAUGUGUUCUUUAAAGAGAGUGUCAUUGCAGUGAACAGACAGCAUGUAACCUGGGUAAAUGGCAGGAAAGUGUCUCUUCCCAGCAAAGUGACAGGUGAGGUGUCAGUCCACAUCUCGGAGAGGACUGUGAUCAUAGAGAGGCCAUCUGCUGUACGGGUCACCUACUCAAUUUCACAGGAGGUCACAGUAAUUAUUGACAGUAGCCUGUCUGGUAAAAUGUGCGGCGCCUGUGGCAACUACAAUAACAACUCCAAAGAUGAUAUGACAACAGCAGAUGGAAAAAUAACCACUGAUGUGUCUGUAGUCAUUGGCUCCUGGAGUGCUGGGGACUUUUCUAGCUGUGGCCUGUAGAGAUAUCAGCUCCGUGUUGAAACAAAACAGCUGGUAUAGAGAAUGAAGAAGGAUGUGAAGUCAUUCAUCUAAACCUGCUUGUUUACAACUAGUCUUACUCAUCAUACUGCUGUUCUUUCUCUUAAUUCUCAAAAUGUUUUUUUGCUGUUACUAACAGACUGGUCCUUUUAUUGUUUGAGUAGUAAAAAUAUUACACUUUCUUGAACAACAUCUCCAUCUGGUGGAGGAAGGAAUUUAUCUGCUUUCCUGUUAAACUGCAGCUCACAAUAGAGGAACAAUCACGAGUUACCAAGACUUAUCUGCAUGAUCAUACAUGACUUGGUUUAAAAUUGUGUGUAAAAUGUUCUCUCUUUGUAGUUCCAGUCAAUAAACACCUUUUUUUC